GUCAUGAUAAGUUUCGACCGCAAACCUCUGAUAUCUGAUCUGUUAAUGUUGCGUUGUCUCGCUCGCAGCUGUUGGUUACAUCAGCAGGUCUCUGUGCUCACUUGUAAGGCAAAGACCUAUUAGUCCCUGAACGUUUGUCAGCGGUCACUUUCUUUUCUACCUCGAGGGAGGGAAAGAGAGAAGACGGGAUAUCGCUGAUGCUUGCUUCCCCCGUCUUUCGGGUCCGGAUCAUGAGAGCUUUAUUCAGUCUCCUGUAACCCGCACUCGUUUGUUUUCGCAUCAAGUUAGAAAAGUCUGGAAACCGCGUCGCUGCAGCGUCGGUGAGACCCGACCAUUGAGCCUGAAAGUACGUGCAGUGAAUCCUAAACACAGCUUGGAGUGAUUUCUUUUCCCCCCUGAACUGAACUAGAGCAUCGUCUAAUCGAAUUACCUCAGCCAUUCUUCAUUGACCUCCUGUAACUUGGACUUUGCAUAUUGAUUGAGUACAGAGACUCGCCAAGUUAUUCUUUUUUUUGUUGGACAAAGAGUCGAAAUGGCGUCCCUGUAUCAGAGAUUCACCGGCAAGAUCAACACCAACAAAUCCUUCCCUAACCCUCCAGAAGCGGGCCAUCUCCUCGGGCAAGGUGUCGAGGGGGACAGGGCGGUGGAGAGCCAGCGACCCCUGCUUCAGUAUCGUCAGCACAGCGAGGACGAGGAUGAGCUGGUGGGCAGUAACCCUCCGCAGAGGAACUGGAAGGGAAUAGCGAUCGCCCUUCUUGUCAUUCUGGUCAUCUGCUCACUGAUCGUCACCUCCGUCAUCCUGUUGACACCAGGUGAGGAUGACCAGCUGGCUCUCAAAGGCAAGGUGACUGUUGCAGACCUCUUCAGAAAAGACUUCAAGGUUCACGACCCUAACGCCAAAUGGAUCAGCAGUAAUGAGCUACUAUACCGCAAUCGUGAUGGUGACGUCGUCAAGUUCAAUGUCGACACUGAUGAGGAGACCAUCUUGGUGCAUAACAAGAAGUUUGAAAUGUACAAAGCCAGCAAGUAUGAGGUGUCUCCUGACUUGAAGCAUGUGCUGCUGGCCUACAACGUUGCACCGGUGUACCAGCAUUCUUACACGGCCUUUUACAUCAUCUGCAGUCUGGAUACUCCGGCGACGUGGAACUUGAACCCUCCAGAGGUGCGAAAUGCUCAGCUGCAGUACGCAGGCUGGGGACCCCAGGACCAGCAACUGAUCUUCGUUUUUGAGAACAACAUCUACUAUCGCUCCAGGGUGGACAACCGCUCCAUUCGUCUGGUGUCUACUGGCAAGGAGGGCGUCAUCUUCAAUGGGCUCAGUGAUUGGCUAUAUGAAGAGGAGAUUUUCCAGUCCCACAUUGCCCAUUGGUGGUCUCCAGAUGGGGCCAGGUUAGCGUACGCCACUAUCAAUGACACCCUGGUGCCCAGGAUGGAGCUUCCCAUGUUCACGGGCACACCCUACCCAAUGGGGAAAGAGUACCACUACCCUAAGGCCGGCGAGGAGAACCCAGUUAUCACUCUGUAUAUUGUGAACCUUAACGGCCCUCUUCACACCAUCGAGAUGAGGAGACCUGAUGAUCCCAGGAUGGGUGAGUACUAUGUCACCAUGGUGAAAUGGGCCACAACCACCAAACUGGCCAUCAACUGGCUGAACAGAGCCCAGAACAUCUCUAUACUCACGCUGUGUGAGGCCACAACAGGUGUCUGCACAAAGAAACAUGAGGAUGAAAGUGAAGGAUGGCUGCACAGACAGAAUGAGAAGCCUCUGUUUUCCAAAGAUGGGCUGAAGCUGUUCUUUACCCGCGCUAUUCCUCAAGGAGGCAGGGGCAAGUUCUUCCACAUCUCCAUGUCCAUCUCCCAGCCCAACACCAGUACAGACACACUGCAGUCCAUCACGUCCGGAGACUGGGAUGUCACCCAAGUCCUGGCCUAUAAUGAGGACAGCCAAUUGAUAUACUUCUUGAGCACUGAGGAUGGUCCAAAGCGAAGACAUUUGUACAGUGCGGACACCUUUGGUUCAUUCAACCGUCGCUGUCUGUCGUGUGCCUUGUCCGACAGCUGUGACUACAUCAGCGGCUCCUUCAGCCACAACAUGAGCUACUUCCUGCUCAACUGCCAAGGACGGGACAUCCCAUUUGUAGCCGUUUACAGGACGCAGAGAGACGGAGAAAGUGAGACGCAAGCCAGGGAGAGUAUUGCAGAAGUAUAUAAACUGGAGAGCAACGAGAACCUGAGGCUGACUCUGGACUCCAUGCAGAUGCCCACAGUGGAGUACAAGGAGAUCAACAUGGAUGAUUACACCUUGUCGAUGCAGAUCCUCAAACCUGCCGGCUUCCAGGACAGUGGACACUAUCCACUGCUCCUGCUCGUCGAUGGGACACCUGGUGGCCAGAUGGUGGCGGAGCAGUUUCACAUGGACUGGGCCACGGUGCUGGUGAGCAGCUUCGGUGCCAUCGUGGUGCGCUGCGACGGACGAGGCAGCGGCUUCCAGGGCACCAACCUGCUGCACCGGAUCCAGAAAAAACUGGGGGUGUACGAGGAACAGGAUCAGAAGGAAGCACUCAAUUUUAUUUUGAAAGAACCCUACGUUGACAAAACCAGAGUUGGAGCUUUUGGAAAGGUGUAUGGCGGCUAUGUGACCAGCCUGCUGGUCAGUGGCGAGGAAUCCCCUGUAAAGUGUGGCGCUGUCCUCUCACCCAUCACAGACUUUGAGUUAUACGCUUCUGCAUUUUCAGAGCGAUAUCUUGGGCUGCCUAAACCUGAUCCAAGGGCGUACACAAUGGCGAAUUUAGCACACAGAGCAUCUCAGUUCAUGGAUAAGAAGUUUCUUAUUAUUCAUCCAACAGCUGAUGAAAAGGUCCAUUUCCAACAUACAGCAAAAUUCAUCGCUCAGCUCAUCAAUGAAAAGGCCAACUAUACCUUACAGAUCUACCCAGAUGAAGGCCACUUCAUUCACAGUGAAGCAACAAGGCAGCACCUCAGCCAGUCUCUGGUGAACUUCUUCGAGGAAUGCUUCAGGCUACCAGAACGAGUGUUUGAGGAGGCCCUGGAGGAGGAGAGCGAAGACGAGGGUUAGCUUGGCCGUCUGAGGCUCGUGUGCCCCAAAUCCUUCCCACCCAUACGUUCACCUACCUAACCUCCAUCCUGUCCCUGUGCCUAAGCACAACAUUGGCAUACAGUUUUUCCACAAUAUGCAACUCUCAUCUGUUC